AUGACGGCUGGCCGGUACGCCAUGGCAUUGGGGGGAGGGGGGCGUCCCAUGCUCCGCCCGUUUGUGUCCGCGCGAGGAGCUCACCCCCAAAGAACUCCUCGGGCGUCCUGCGGGCCCAGGCCGGAGGCGGCAGGCCCCAGCGCGGGGGCCGACAGGAAGGGGUCGAUUCGGAUCUCCGGGGCCGACAACGCGCCUGGCGCCGGCGGGGGACGCGGGAGGGCAGCAGCUCACGGACGAGGAGGCCCCCGCGGCGUGGGGGGCCUCGAGGCCGGCGCGGGCGGCGGGAGGGGGGACUCGCCGUACCAGGGCUAUGAGGUGCAGCGUCUGGCGAGGUUGGUGGACCACGCGCUGCCCUUCUCCCUGCUCCUCCUCGGCGUCUUCAUCCGCCAGCACCUGCAAGGUUUCUUCGUAAUGAUUUGGAUUACCUCAGUCAUGUUCAACUCCAAUGAUAUCUUGCGCAAGCAGACCGCUCUUAAGGCUACAAGGUUGCGGGAGCGACCCUGCCAUUGUCAUGACGGCUGCUCCUUCUGGCUGGAUCGAGGCAUGAAGACCUGUGGGAUCCCCUCCUUCGGCAGGACCUCCUCAUCUGGUGAGAUUCCCUCCCCAUGCCCGAUGCCUCAAACCUCCUGA